AUGGGUCCCAAUGUGAAGGACAAUUCAAUGCCAAGUCAUGGUCCUUCAUCAGUGAACAAUAUAGAAGUUUGUCUCAAUGAACAACGUGUUACGAAGAUAGAGGAGAUUCGGCGGUCUUUGGUUGAAAUUCAUUCUGUUUUAUGUGCUCAUGGUCUAUUCCAACAUGACCACCAGAUCUGUGGUACAUGUUCAGUCAAUUCAAGAGGUUGUAGAAAGAUUCAAGAUGAUUUGCAAGGCGUCCUUGAUCAGGGUUUGAUUCAGAUUUCUAGACAAGUGAGUUCUCCAGAAUCACAAGAACAAGAGGUGAAUGUCAUCAUUCCUUGCUUCAACAUUCCAGAGAAAGUAGAGAUAGAUUAUCAUCCGAGGGAGCCAGUGGUGAUUUGCCCUCCGGGCCCAAUGCCUUACACUUCAGAUAAAGCGGUCCCCUACCGCUAUGCAGCAACUAUUAUUGAGAACGGUAAAGAGGUCGUGAUUAAAACCUUAGCCUCAGUUACCAAUAUCGCAGCAAAUAGCCGAAUGACGCGCAGUGGCCGCGUGUUCGCUCCGCCGGUUAUCCCAAGUAGAAAUGUUGAGAAAGAUCCAGUAGUCGUGGUACCAGUGACAAGAGAAGCAGAAGGGCAAACAAGCAAUUCAACCCUUGAUAAAGAAACAGAUGAACUACUUAGAAUUAUCAAGCUCAGUGACUACAAAGUGGUAGAUCAGUUGCUACAGACACCGUCAAAAAUCUCGAUCCUGUCCUUAUUAUUGAAUUCAGCUGUCCACAGAGAAGCACUACUGAAGGUGCUUGAUCAAGCCUUUGUAGAACAGGAUAUAACAGUAGAGCAGUUCAACAAUGUUGUAGGCAGCAUCACUUCGUGCAAUGGCUUAGGCUUUUGUGAUGAAGAACUGCCAGAAGAAGGAAAGAAUCACAACUUCGCUCUCCAUAUCUCAGCCAAUUGUCAAGGGGAUUCUUUGUCUAAUAUCCUAAUUGACACCUGUUCAUCUCUGAAUGUCAUGCCCAAGUCUACCUUGGUGAAGCUAAAGUACAAAGGGGGGCAAAUGCGGCACAGUGGAAUUAUUGUGAAAGCGUUCGAUGGAUCAAGAAAAUCAGUCAUUGGAGAAGUUGAUUUGCCUAUUGGUAUUGGACCACAUGUAUUCCAGAUCACUUUCCAGGUUAUGGAUAUAGUGCCAGCUUAUAGCUGUCUGCUUGGACGCCCAUGGAUUCAUGAGGCGGGUGCCAUUACAUCCACGUUACACCAGAAGUUAAAAUUUUUCAAGAAUGGGCAAAUAGUGACGGUUAAUGGGGAGCAGGAUAUGCUGAUUAUCCACCUUUCAUCGUUUAGUGUGAUAGAAGCAGACGAAACGGAUGUUCAAACUCCAUUUCAGGCCCUGACCAUCGAUGAUUACAAGAAAAGUGAAGGUUCAAUCGCGUCAUUCGAAGACGCCCAGCAGAUUGUCAAGACAGGUCCUACAGAAAUGUGGGGCAAGCGGUGGGUUUAUCAACAUGGUAGCAGUUGA